ACGCUGUAGUUCUUCCAGGCCAUCUCUUGACUCACUAACCUGCAGUGAAUUCUCCGUUCCUCGUACCUCCAUGCUGUACUGAUAGACUGUGCAGUCGAUAAUGUCAAACUAUACCUCUACGCCCUCGUUCGGGGGGUCCUCGAAUCAAUGGCCUCCCACGAAUCCUCUACAAUCUCCCAUGCCUUCGAUGUUCCCGCCUAAUUUCCCUUUCCCUCCGGAUUCAUCUAGCACUCAAAAUUCUCCCAACAAUAUGAACAAUUUUGAUGCGAACUCGCGUCUUCCGGGUCUCGGGGUUGGUGCUCCUGGGCCAUUACCUCCGCCGCCCUUUCCUUUUCCGGGUUCAUUAACACCUUCCCAAUUUCCUCCCGCCCCUUUUCCUCUACAAAUGCCUCUGUUAGGCUAUCCACCGAUGCCUCUUCCGAUGCAGACACAAACGAAUCCGCCAGCGAUAAGUGAAACCACGUCGGGUCACACUGUAAACGCGAUGGGUCGUCAACAGGAUUACUCGGCAAAAUCAAGACUUAAUUAUGAUCAGGAGGAAGGCGAAGUCACGGAUGGAGAGAAUAUGGACUUUGCACGCCCGGGGAGCAAGAAGAAGGGCCAGUCUGGACGUGUUGCAAGCGCGUACUCCCCUCCUGUCCAGAUGGAGACCGACGCACUGAGUAACAAUCCAACAACGAACGGCUACACGCAAAGCCUUCCCAGGAACUCGGAGGAGGGUGAAGCUUCUGUUUCGCGUGCUUCCUCCAGAGCCAGCGGAUCCCGUAUUAUCCCCGUUUCCUUUUACAAGUCAUAACUCGACUAACUCCGUGCAGCCUAUAAUCCUCCCAUGUCGGUUACCGCUGCCUCUCCCGUACCUGAGCACAGAUCUGGAAAUAGCGGCCACGAGCAACCAGUGCCCC